AUGACCAUCACUGAGUACACUAGCAGGUUUGAGGAACUGUGUCGUUUCUCAGAGAUUUGUCAGGGAGCUCCUGAGGACUUUGCUGAGUGGAAGUGUAUCAAGUAUGAGGGAGGUCUUAGGAGCGAUAUUAUGAGCUUCGUUGCACCGAUGGAGAUCCGAACCUUCUCUAAACUGGUAAACAAAACCAGAGUUGCUGAAGAAUGUUUGAGAAAGGUGGCAUUAGACAAGAGUGAUCACCGAAGCUCUGUUAGGGAAGAUCACGGAAGAAAUUUAGCACCUAGAGGUCAAGAUUUCAAACGCGGCGGCAAUAUUCCACAGCAACAUCAAGGCCAGAAUAGUUUUCGGAGCUUCAAUAAUAACAAUAACCAGGGAAGAGGACGCGAAAAACAGGCUCAGUUACCGCAAGAUGACUCGACUUAUAGGAGGUGUGGAAGGUACCACCCGAACACUCUGUGUAGGGCCGGUUGGGAUGUCUGUUAUUACUGUGGAGGAGCUGGGCAUAUAUCCUGGAAUUGCCCAGAAAAGAAGAAUCAGGAUGCCAGGAGAGCUCCACAGGCGGAACGAGCGUACACUAUAAGGGCGAAUGGUGCGAAGGGCACAGAUGCUCCGAUUAAAGGUAAUAAUGUACUAGUAAUGAAAAUUUGGACUGCUUUACAUGAUGAUGAUCUGUAA